AUGUGGUGCAUCUCACGGCGACUGCUGUGCGGUGCUGCCGGUGCGGCGACGACGACGGCGUCGUCGGCCAGCGGCAGUUUUAAUUUUUCUUUUAGCAAGCGGCUGAAGGAGUUGGAGAGCGACACGGAGUGUGCGCUGAGUGGAAAGGAGUACGCGAUUUUACGGGAAAAGCUGCAGCACUAUCGCGGCCUUCAAAAUAGGUAUGCAGUGAAGCAGGACGAUAUUGAGCGGGCAAAGCGAGCGGCGCGGUACAGCGGCUUGGAGUUUACACCGAAACCCGCACGAAAGACUACUGUGCAGGGAAUCUGUCAACAGCCGGAGGAGAAUAAAAAAUAA